AUGACAGAUUUUUCCCAGUCACUGCUGAUGGGUGAUAACACCUUAGAGGCACUGGAAAAACAACUCGAUAAACCAUACACGCCUCCUUCAGCGUCGACACUACGCGCAUCUAUUUCGCGGAGAAACAAAGCACUGAACCCAUCGAGCAGUACCGAGGAUGUAAUCGAAGAAUCUCCAACAAACGUAAAAUGUACGGCUGAAUCAUCGCGACAUCGCAGCGUACGAGCUCGAUUUCAAACGUUUCCCAAUCACAGUAAAAAAAAUAAAAAUAGAACUCGUUCCUGUCGCGGAAUCGAACCACAAAAAUUGUGCACUCCUGACCGGAAGCCAAACAAAAAAUUCACCAGCGACUCGCUUCUGAAGAAGGAUAGUAUUAAUGAAGCUCACUUCGACAGCAGUGUCUUCCAAGACUACAUCAAGGAAAAUCGUGAUAAUGUUGAUCAAAAGCAAGAACGCCAGAAAGGUGGAGUUAAAAGACCAGCCAGUCCGAAUGGAAAUGGCGAUGGGUGCACGUUGGAAAAACAGAUGUCCUUACGCAGGAGUGAUGAAUUUGAUGAAAUAUUCCAAAACAGUAACUUUUCGUUGAGUCAUUUUAGCGAAAAAACUAAGCCUUCGUCACAGAAUGUGCUAAAAGAUGAUAAUUAUCAAACGCUUUUCGACCAGAGUGAUUUCACACUCAACGCUGCAAACGGAACAGCCUCGAACGUCCAGCUUCCCAAACAAACGCAACAGGCCAUUCCAGUGGCAACGGAGAGUGAAUUGGAAAUCUUCAGCGAGACCCUGUUCGAUCGUGCCAUUUCCAGCGAACCACUUUUGGACGAUCUUCUAGAAGCUAGUUCGCUACUAGCAGAAUCGCUGCGCGUUGAAGAUUCGGUCAACGAAACGGUUGAGGACUUUCCCCUGGACAUAGAGAACGUCACGUUCUCUCAACCUCUUGUGCCGGCAAAUAUUGUACUGAAGAACGACGCACACGAUGAGCUGCAAGAACAAGCUGAGAAAACGGCACUGCAUGAAUUUGUAGAGUCCGAAAUCGCAAGCUUCCUGCAUUUAUCAAACGAAUCAUUGAUGCCACACAACGUCGACUCCGCUCAUGAUAGCGGUCUAUUGACUACUAGCUUAGGGCACAAACCCAGCGAAGUUAACAAAUUGAUUGAAGCAGGGGAAUGUGAAAGACGGUUUCCACCUUUGGGGAUGAGCCUCGAUCAAUCUAAGGACCUACGGCUGCUCUCUAAUUGGGGCCUACCUAGCUCGGUUGCGAAAGAAUACACCAAGAAAGGGAUCGUCGAACUUUUCCCAUGGCAGGUGGAAUGUUUAUCCCGCAGAGAGGUCCUUCUGGAGGGGAAAAAUCUCGUCUACAGCGCACCAACAUCAGCUGGCAAAACGCUGGUGAGUGAGUUUCUUCUCGCAAAAACCAUCGCGGAGCGUAAACUGAAAGCUCUGUUGAUUCUGCCAUUCGUAGCCGUGGCGCGUGAAAAAAUGCUCUACCUCAGGGAUCUUCUGGCACCCGGCGGAAUGCGUGUGGAGGGUUUUUACGGAGGUUACCACCCGCCAGGUGGCUUCGAGUCGGUCGAUCUGGCCGUCUGCACGAUAGAGAAGGCUAAUUCGAUUGUGAACCGGCUGCUCGAACAGUCCACACUCGAUACGUUGGGCUUGGUUGUGGUGGAUGAAGUGCACCUCAUUUCCGAUCCUGCGCGAGGCUAUAUUCUAGAAUUGCUGCUGACAAAAAUUCGAUACGUGUCCGCCCGGAGUGGCCACCGGAUUCAGAUUAUUUGCAUGUCCGCUACACUACCGAACAUAGAGCUGCUCGCUCGGUGGCUGGAUGCGGACCUCUUCUGCACAGACUUUAGGCCAAUUGCAUUGAAGGAGAUGAUGAAAAUCGGUAGCACCAUUUACGGAGCGACAGGCGAACCUAUACGCUUUCUCAAGGGAACACUGCUCGGCUAUUCCAUACCAAAGGAUCCCGAUCACGUGGCCCUGCUGUGUGUGGAAACAGUCCUCGAAAAAUGCUCCGCCAUAGUGUUCUGUCCUUCAAAGGACUGGUGCGAACAGCUCGCUAUCACCCUUGCCAGCACGUUGCAUUCGAUGCUGAAGGAAAAUCAUCCCCAUGGUGCGCUUCGGGAACGAUUGCGCGACCAGGUGGACAGUGAACGGCAGCAAGAGGUGUUGCUUCAGCUUCGCAACUGCCCAGCGGGGUUGGAUAACGUACUCGCUAAAACCAUCCGAUAUGGUGUCGCAUUCCAUCACGCAGGACUAACGACAGACGAACGAGACAUCGUCGAGAGUUCGUUCCGGGACGGUACCCUGCGAAUCAUUGUUGCCACGAGUACGCUCAGUAGCGGUGUGAACCUUCCUGCCAGGCGUGUUAUCGUCCGGACACCGAAAUUUGGGGGCCGCCCGAUGAGCUCGCUUACCUACCGACAGAUGAUAGGACGCGCAGGACGCACUGGGCAGGACACACUGGGCGAGUCGGUGUUGAUCUGCAGCCCGGCGGAAGAAAAGAUCGGUCGAGAGUUGAUCGGAGCAGAACUUCCGUCGUUGAACUCGUGCCUGGACAGCGAGCAUUACACACACCUUAAGCGUGCGGUGUUGGAAAUUAUAGCUUCCGGUAGUGCGAGCACCGCACAGGAGCUGGAAUCGUUUGUGAACGCAACGCUGUAUAGUUGUGAAAAAUCGUACCGUUUCCAUAUCGAUGAUAAGCUACUGCUAACGAAGCCCAUCCAAGCCCAGCAGGUCAUUUCGGAGGUGAACGUCGAUGAGGCCACCGAUCGAGGCGAUUCAGAUCCAAUAGCAGCGUGCAUAUCCUUUCUGCUCGAAUACGAAUUCAUCCGUGUACACCAAAGCGACGUGAAAGCAGACGAUGGCACUGCACCGACAGGAAAGCUAACCGUGCUAACAGCCACGCGACUAGGACACGCUUGUUUAGCCGCUUCGCUUCCCCCGAAGGAUGGGUUUCUCCUGUUCAGUGAGCUGCAGCGGGCACGCCAGUGUUUCGUGUUAGAAUCGGAACUCCACGCGGUGUACCUUGUGACGCCCUACUCGGUCGCGUAUCAGUGGCAGCAAAUCGAUUGGAUGGACUUCCUCGACAUGUGGGAGAAGCUUCCGGAAGCGUCCAAGCGCGUUGGCGAGUUGGUCGGGGUGAAGGAAUCGUUCCUCGUGCGUGCGAUGCGUGGAGCCAGCAAUCUGGAUUAUCGCGCUCUGCAGGUGCAUAAACGGUUCUACACUGCGCUGGCACUGCUCGAGCUUGUCCGGGAAGUGCCACUGUGUGACGUAGCGCGAACAUUCAAAUGCUGCCGUGGACUGCUGCAAAGUCUGCAACAGAUUUCGUCCACCUUUGCCGGCAUCGUGGCCACGUUUUGUGCUUCACUUAACUGGACGCUACUGCGGCUGAUCGUAGCUCAGUUUCGAGAGCGUCUGUUUUUCGGUGUUGCACACGAACUGCUCGAUUUGAUGCGCAUUCCGUCGCUCAAUGGACAGCGUGCCCGGUUGCUCUAUGACGGUGGGAUAACUGGACUGGUUCAACUUGCGAAUGCCGAUCGGCUUGCCGUGGAAAACAUCCUUCACAAUCGGGCCAGUUUCGAGGCGGAAAGGGCACGGGAGGAUGAGAACGAGUACGAAGCGGCUCGCAGGAAGCGCUUGCGAAAUCUCUACCUCACAGGACGCGCUGGUGUGACGGUGGAAGAGGCCGCAAAGUUGAUCGUUCAGGAGGCGCGCACCUUCCUUCAGCUAGAACACGGGUUGGCAAAUCCUAACUGGUCCGAGACGAUAUCGGUUGAAAGGAAAACGGAAGAAGGAGUCCCUGUGGAAGGCACAACGAAUGUAGCUGAUGCUAGUGAAUCUCUCAGCUCCUCAAAUGCGCCGAUGGAACAAUCAUCCGGUAGACUUGGAGCGUCUAUAAAUUCCUCUAACGGUUUGGUGACAAAUUUCCACAACUCGCUCCUGAUGGCCGGUAACCGGAGGGACAAUCCCGAACAAGAACGAAACGACAGCACGAGUCGCAUAACGAUUAUAGAUGCUUGUGAAAACGCCACCACGUUCGACCAGUUCCGGCAACUCAUGGCGGACCAGGACUCGAUAACGAUAUCGUUCGGGGUAGAACAGGAUGAUUUGAGCUCCUUGUCGGAGUUUCAAAUUGGAGGCCACCUGCAAUCUGGCCACCCGCCCAGCGAAACACGCUCCUUGAAACGUCGUCGGUUAUACACGUUCCAAGAAAGCUUGUAUCUUGCCGGAUUGGCCAUAGCGAUUCCUAGCAGUACAUCCACCGCGUACUACGUCGACUUGCAAAACGAGACCUCGGUGGAUGGUACCGAAAAAGAACGCUUCGUGCGCUGGUUGUUUGGUAAGGAACAGCUCACCAUCACCCUGCUGGAUGCGAAGGAUCAGCUAAAAAUUAUCUACCGUGCCGGUUUGAUCCCGGUCGCGGAAAGUGACAGCAUGCUGAUGGCGUCUGUGCAGGAUCCGCGCGUCGCCUGUUGGUUGCUGCAGGCGGAACCGGAAACGCUAACGAUGGAAGCGAUGAUCGAGCGACAUUGCCCCGCGCUCAAGCAGGCCGAAUGUGCGUGGACAGGUCAGCGAUGGCACACGCCAAAGUGGACCGGUCAUGGUCUUAAUUACCGGAGCCCGAUUGAAGCAAAACAACGCUGCACCGUGGAGUGCCUUCUUGUUAGCCAGCUAAUGACGCACGUCCAUCAGCGUCUCGAGGCAAGCGGAAAUUCCCUGCCGGUCUGCUUUAGAUCCCGCGAAAUGCCCGUCCAGUUGGCACUGGCACGAUCCGAAGUGGUGGGCUUUCCGGUUCACCGCGAUCGUCUGGAAGCGCUGAUCGUUCGUCUUAAAACAUGCCGCGACCGGAUAGCGGAUGAAGCACGCAAACUCAACGGCAACCGGCGGCUCGAUUUCGGCUCAUCUCGUGCGGUUGCGGCCGCUCUGAGGCUAACCGAUGGCAACCGUAAGCACUGUCGCACGGCGCGCCAGGUAUUGGAACGUCUCGAAAGUCCGUUGGCGGCGCUGGUGAUUGCACACCGCAAGAUCGAAAGUAAUCUGGCCCGCACAAUUGAACCGCUCUAUCGCACCAUCCGACCAGGGGACAAUCGAGCGCAUGGAAGGAGCUUUUGUUUCACCGCGACCGGGCGCAUCACGAUGCACGAACCUAACCUACAAACGAUAGUGAAGGAUUUCUCCGUACCACUCGGUUUGGGGUUCGAAACUGAUGACGAGCGCGUUUUCAGCUGCCGCAGUACGUUUGCAUGCGCUGAUCCGGAAACGGUGCUUCUGUCGGCUGAUUUUUGCCAGCUUGAGUUGUGUAUCCUGACGCAUCUCUCGCAGGAUCGUCGAUUGCUGGCGGCAUUAGGGGGUGAUGGGUACGCGCGAGAUCACAGGGAUAUCUUCCGGGUGCUAGCGGCUCGCUGGAACCAGCUGGACCGGGAAUCAGACGUAAGCGAGGACCUUCGCAAUCGCACGAAAGUGGUCGUGUACGGUGUCAUCUAUGGCAUGGGAACGCGAACAAUGGCUGAUGAGCUGCAGCUUGACGAGGAUGCCGCACGCACGCUGAUGGAGCAGUUCCACGCCAGCUAUCCCGACAUCCGGCGCUACACGGAGCACGUCAUCCGGCUCACCCGGCAGCUGGGCUACAUUGAAACGCUAACCGGAAGACGACGCUACCUUCCCGCCAUUUUCAGCGACGACACCCGCAAACGUGCCGAAGCCGAACGGCAAGCUGUAUGCACCACGAUCCAAGGAUCGGCGGCGGACAUUCUGAAGAACGCGAUCGCGCGCAUGCGCCGCAAUUUGCUCAAAUAUCGGGACAUUCUGGAGCUGGGUGCGAUCCGGCUGGUGUUGCAUUUGCACGACGAGCUGAUUUACGAGGUGCCACGUGCGCAGUUGUCCAAGGUGGCGAAAAUAUUGCAGUCUAGCAUGGAAAAUUGCGCCAAGCUAAGUGUGCCGCUACGGGUAAAGUUGAAAGCCGGUGCUAGCUGGGGUUCCAUGCAGGAACUCUCGUGUGGAUAGGCAAUACUUUUGGAACACAAAAUCGGUACAUACACUCGCGAAAUGCUAAUAUUUACUUUACUUCGUUGAUAUGCCGAUGAGUGCACGUGGCAUUGUUUAGGCCUUAGAUUUUUAAUAUUCAA